AUAUAAAUAAAGGAUAGCAAGGUUUUACCCUAACGCCUGUUCGAACCCGGCAGCCUGUGUUCACAUUCCAAAUGGGUCCAGUACAACUCCGCUACCGUCUUUGUACCUACACACAUACGGUACACACCGCUCCGAUUGUUCACGCUAAGGCGGCAGCGGUCGCUCGCAGUGGGACCUGGUGUGCGAUCGUUCUUGGCUGGCCGACCUGGUCAGGCUCUACCUGAGGCCGGCGUCUUCCGCGCUGGGAGCUCUGAUCUUCUGCGCGUGCGCCGACCGCGCCGCCUCGGGUCGCAGGACCACGCUGUUCGUGGCGCAGGCGCUGCAGGUGUCGUCGGCCGUGGCCCUGCUCUUCGUUCCGUGCUUCCUCGCCUUCGCGCUCGUCUACGCUCUCCAGGCUGCUUGCUCCACGGCGAGCCAGCUGGUGUCGUUCGUGCUCAUGCUGGAGCUGCUGCCGACGCCGUUCCACGUGCAGGGCGCGUGCGCGCUCACCGUCGCCUCCACCGUGGGCUACGUCAUGCUGGCCGCGCUCUCCUCGCUCAUCUCCUCCUGGCGAUACGUGCAGCUCGCCCUGGCCGCGCCGCAGCUCGUCUCCCUGGCUUUCCUCUGGCUGGUGCCUUACUCGCUGCCGCAUCUUCUGCUACGGGGCCAGCUGGCGUCGGCCGACAUGACGCUGAGACGCAUGGCGCAGCUGGGACGCGUGGGCCUACCACCCGGUUCCGUCAAGCUGCUGCUGCAGUACGCCGCUGCGUCGCGGUCCCUUUUCGCCGGCGCUUCCGGGGGCUCGGCCCUGAGCCAGCUGUUCCUCUACAAGCAUAUCCGGCGGUACCUGCUCACCCACUUGUACCUCUGGGCGGUCGUUUCCUUGUUCCUGGCCAUACGCGUAUCGGAGAUCGCCACGCUGACCGGAAACCGGAGUGCCGACCUGUUCACGCGAGGAUUCCUCGCCGUCGGUGUUCUACUGCUGGUGUUCGUGCUGGCCGGGCGGCUGGGCACCGUCCGCAUACAGACGCUGCUGCUGGCGCUCGGCGGGAGCCUCUUCGUGGUCGCGGGUUUCUUCGAGCACAGGCGCGUUGCCAGCGAGAAAGGCCUUACUGUUGACCUCUUCUUCUCCGGACUCUGCGCACUGUUCGGCUGGACAGCAGUGGUCGUGGCAAAGUCAACCAUGCUCUUUGACAUGGCAAAAUCCAUGCCCACCGGGACAAGGGCCUUUGGCCUGGGUCUGUGCGUUGCAGUGGGCAGCCUGGCGGAAAUCCUCGCUCCAACGAUAUCCACCUUGGGUGGCCUGCUGCCUUUCUACCUGCCGAUGGCCGGCUGCGGCGUGCUGGUUCUGACCGCGGCCGGACUCAGCCUCGUGUUUCCGGACUCGUGGAAGCGGCCCCUGCCCCCGUCGGCGGAGGCCGCCGACGACGCCAAGCAGCCCCGCCGGACGCGCCGUCGCGGCUCCUACUCUCCGCCCGCGAGCCGGCUGGGUACAGCGACCACCUCUUCGCUACCGCUCGCCGACGACGCAGCGGCCGCGCUCACAGCGGCCAAGGUUACCCGCGCCAAGCAUGCCAGCAUGCGAAGCGCGCGGACCACAUCGGAAACGUCCUGCAAACGGCCGCUGGACUCCAUGGACUCCAGCGGCACUCAGCGAAGCACUUUCGCCACCCAGAUGGUCUAUCCGGAAAAAGGAAGCGUCUACUUCCAGUCCUGCCCGGUCGGACGAAACGUAUCGCUCUCCAAGACGCCCACUCGGGCAAACUCCGUAUCAUCGGGCGACGACAACGAGUCUGACGGCGGCGAGUCGAGGCUCACCGACCUGGAGGACGAGCUCCACCGGGCGUGGGAGAUGGGUGCGCUCAGCUUGAGGUCGCCGCCGCAAAGGACGCGGCGCCAACGCCAGCAGCACGACUUGCAUUGCUUUGGCCUGACUCAGAAGAAGCCCUCUGAAGGAAAUUUCAUCAGCGAAACGGCUUUUUGAACAUUUUUUUCACUCGACACCCUGUGCAAGGAGCAGCCGCGCGCGUUUUGAACGCCCGUAUCGCGUUUACCUGUAUUGAGGGAGCACAAAUCAAGCUUAUACUGCGCACCUACAACUUGGUUACACGCCACACUUCCUUUGGUCGACGUAACCUUUGGUUGGCGAAAAAGUAAGCAAAACAUCGAUCACAACCGCAGCAAUUUGGGCCUGCUGGUAUACCAUGGUAAAGGAUGUUGAAUAGCGCAAGUAUGUGAGAAGAAUUCAAGGGAAGACAGUGCUAACUUCCAACAAACUUCAUUCGUGAAAAGAGCGGCUAAUAUACAUUUUAACGACAGCAUGUGACAUCAACUAUAAUCACCUUUUUAAGAAGUCAGUCUCUUUAUCAGUCAAAAGCACUGAUUCGCACAGUCUGGACCAAGUCCUAAAAUCAGAUUGGUUUACAUGAUUUCUCGAGUCAGCCAGUCACGGUCCUUACGGAUGACAAUACGAAUAACAAAAGAUGGAUUUCAUCCGGAACUUGUACAAUGUGGCGUCAGCCAACCAUCACGUGCAUUUUUCACAUUUGCCUGCUCACGGAUGCCUGUUCAUUGGUGAUAGCGCUAGCAAGUCUAGUUAGGAUGAAAACUCACAGCUAAGUCUAUAUAAGUUAAUGCAUGAAUUGCCUGUAGAGGACUCAAUCAGAUUUUCAGACUUUACUGUGUGUUUUCACCCUAACAUGACUUGCUAGCGCUAUCACCCACGCAUUAACAAAUCCAUACGCCUAUUUCAAUGGGCCCAUUAUAAGCUCGUAAAGAGAGGGAUUGUAAACGGGUAUUUCCGCAAUGCACUUCAGAUGCCUUGCACUCAUGAGGUGGCUAGAAAUGCAGGCAAAGUGGUUGUCCGAUGUUGGCUACCCGAUUUAUGUCCGAACUGCUGCAGCUGAGCCAGUACUCAGAAGGAUGCGCUCUUGCGCUAGUUCUGCGCAACCCGACCCAGACAAAAGAAAAAAAAAUAUUGGAAUGAUUAUCUACCUUUACAAAGUGUCCCAUAAACUCAAAAAUAUAGGUGAACGUUCCAAAGCUAAAGUAUCUUCUCUGCGCCGUCCAAACUAAGUAUAUUAUGUAGUUUAAGCCGCUCUCUUAAUGAAAAGAGCAUAUUUAAUUAACAAAGCACAAUUUGACAGCUGUAUCUACGACGUGGUUUACAAGAUACCCCUUUCGUGUGGUAAGCUGUAUAUAGGUCAGACUAAAUUUUCGCCUCCGACUCGGCUACAGCAGUUUGGACAUGAAUUAGGUAGCCAGCAUCAGACAACCUCUUUAGCUGCCUUUCUAGCCGCCUCGUGAGUGUAAGGCAUGUGAAGUGCAUUGCGGAAACCACCAGUUGACAAUCCCUCUCUUUACGAGCUCAGAGUGGGCCCAUUGAAAUAGGAGUAUGGAUUUGUUACCGCGUGGGUGAUAGCGCUAGCAAGUCAUGUUAGGGUGAAAACACACAGAAAAGUCUAAAAACAUGAUUGCGUCGUCUACGGGUAAUUCAUGCGCUAACAUAGACUUAGCUGUGCGUUUUCACCCUAACUAGGCUUGCUAGCGCUAUCCCCCAUCCGUGAGCAGGCGAAUGUGAAAAACGCCCGCGAUGGUUCGCUGGCGCUUCACUGAACAAGUUCUGGAUGCAAGCCUUCUUUUGAAGCUUGUACUGUUGUCUGUAAGGAUCGUGACCGGCUUACUCGUGAAAUCAUGUAAGCCAAUCUUAUUUUAGGACUUUGUCCAGUCGGUGCGAAAACUCCGUCAGUGCUUUUGACUGAUAAAAAGGUUGACUUCCUAAAACGGUGAAUAGUUGCUGUCACGUGUCCUCUCGUUGAAAUGUACAUUAGCCGCUCUUUUCACGAAUAAAGUUUGUUGGAAGUUAGCGCUCUGUCAUUCCUUGCAUUCUUCUCACGUGCUUGCGCUAUUCAAAAUCCGUUACCAAACAAUGUGACAUUUAACUCACAAAGUAUGUGGAUAUGAGUAGCUUUACAAAGGUUACAGCGAUAAGGGUGCGUUUGCGUUGUCCUUAUUGACGCUGAGCGUGCUACGUCUCAUAACGCAAAGCACAAGCAUAUAUAUGUAAUAUAACGGGUCGUAUCGCUGAUGCCUGACAAACGCUCUGCACCGUGCUUGACAAUGCUCUGUCUCGAUUGCGUUUUCGUCUGCCAUGUUUGCGCCAGGCCGGUAGCUGAGAAGUCGCGUGCUCUGUUUAUCUUGACAAGUUUCCGUGGAAGAUGCUGCAGUGGAAAUGGCUCUCAGCAGCGCUCAUACAGCUGAUGUGUGAGAUUGUCACUUGUCAUAUCGUGAAUAAAAUAAUGUAUAGUCUUCUCAGUGGUGAACAA